UUAUAAAUUUCCUCAUUAUUUGUGGCAACUAUCACGUCAAAACUUUGUUUAUUUUCAUUUUUCGGUAACUUUGAGAAAUAAAAUUUGAUAAUUAACAUGUCUGUUUUAAGCACUUUAUCUCUAUUAAGUCGAUUACCUACGGCACUCAAAGUAUCUAAUGUUACUAGGAUUCUCCUCACAAAGCAACAGAAUGUUAUUAUGGAGGCUGUACGCAAAAUGUCUGAUGAAAGGAAGAUGCAUAUAACCCCUACUAGAUUCCAGUACACUCGCUUUAAGGAUGACUUCCAUUUCUACAUUACAUUAGGAAUUGUCCCUCUAACUCUUCUUAUCCUUUAUGUAAACAUCUUCAUUGGGCCAGCCACAUUGACUGAAACUCCUGAAGAUUAUCAACCUAGACAUUGGGAAUAUCAUAGGCAUCCCAUUACCCGAUUUAUUGCUAAAAAUUUUCAUCUUGAUCCUCAAAUCCAUUAUGAGAAAACAAUUCAAGGAUUGGUUGAAGAGGAAGAAAGAGGCAACUGGAUGAGAACGAUUGAUAAAGUGAAUAAAUUGAUGGGUGAAAGAGAUGAUUACAAAGCCUGGUACUACUUGGAAUCUGAACACGGAAGGCAAAUCAGAUAUGCCAGAUAUGAAAAUGAUAAAUUAGAGGAAAUGAAAGGUUACAAAUAAUCAUAUUUCAGAGUAGAUAAUUUUUUAGAGAUGUUUGUAACAACAUAUGAAUUGUUAAUUACAAAUAUUUUGGAAGUUUUGUUAUUGUGUAAAUAGUACUUAUUAAAAACAUUUCUUUGAUUUCUUGUUAUUUGCCAGUUUCAUAUAUUUCCUAAUAAAUAGUCCUUAUUGUUUGUUUGGGCUAAUUAUAGCUCUUACUUUUUACUGGUUAUUAUACUUGCAAGUUUCCUUAGUGAAGGGUUUUUUGCAAUCAGCUACUGGAAAGUUUGUGUGAAUAAAAUAUUUCCAAAGAA